CCUGCUGCCACCAUAGACAUGACACUUCUCCCCUGUCUCUCCUGACCCUGCUGCCACCAUAGACAUGACACUUCUCCCCUGUCUCUCCUGACCCUGCUGUCACCAUAGACAUGACACUUCUCCCCUGUCUCUCCUGACCCUGCUGCCACCAUAGACAUGACACGUCUCCCCUGUCUCUCCUGACCCUGCUGUCACCAUAGACAUGACACUUCUCCCCUGUCUCUCCUGACCCUGCUGUCACCAUAGACAUGACACUUCUCCCCUGUCUCUCCUGACCCUGCUGUCACCAUAGACAUGACACUUCUCCCCUGUCUCUCCUGACCCUGCUUUCACCAUAGACAUGACACUUCUCCCCUGUCUCUCCUGACCCUGCUGCCACCAUAGACAUGACACUUCUCCCCUGUCUCUCCUGACCCUGCUGCCACCAUAGACAUGACACUUCUCCUGCUCCUACUCUCAGCCGGUGUAUGCUGCACAGCCGCACUCAGCCGCCUCAAACAGUUCCAUCUCAUUGAAAGGAGUUUAAACUGGACAGAAGCACAAGACAUCUGCCGGGAGAACUAUACCGACCUCGUCACUUUGUACAAUCGGGAGGAAUCUGAGCAGCUGAAACAGUUAAUGGCAUCUCAAUGCAGCUAUAAAGCCUGGAUAGGUCUCCAUCGCACAGAGCACAGUCUGAAAUGGUCCAAUGGAGACACUGUUAAUGACACUGCAUGGUCACCACUUCCAAGCCCGUGCACAGAGCCAACGUGUGCAGCCAUACUCAAAGAUAAUACAACAUGGAAGAAUUGUAAAGAGCAGAAAUACUUCAUGUGUUACAGAGAAGGGUCUGGUGAUUCCUUCCUGAUUGAACAGAACAUGACCUGGUAUGAGGCUCAGAGUUACUGCAGGGAGAACUACACUGACCUGGUCAGCAUCAGGAACGAGGGACAGAAGGAGGAAGUGAAGAACAAAGGGAUGAACAACAUCUCUUCUUACUGGAUCGGCCUCCUGUAUGAUGACUGGGAGUGGUCUGAUGGAGGGAGAUCUGCCUACAGAGACUGGUCCACAGUGUAUGUUCCAAAUGUAUACUAUCCUAUAGCAGGACUGAAUCACACUGUUCUUUACCAGACUUUAAAAGGUAUACUCACAGUGGGAAAUGGAGGUUAUGAAGGAUGUACACUCUGCUCUGAAGUUCGCAUCCACAAUAUUGGAGAAAGAAAGUCUUGGGAACAGGCUCUGGACUACUGCAAGAAGAACUACCAUGGACUGCUGCGUAUUGAGACAGAAGAAGACCUGGAGGUGAUCAAGCAGAAGUUUAAUGGGACUGAUUUUACUGGUCCUGUGUGGGUGGGUCUGAGACAGAGCCGUCUCUUUGGGUUCUGGGUCUGGUCCAAUGGGCUGCCAGUGGGGUGGAGUAACUGGGAGGGAGACAGACAACCUGAACAGCCUCUGUCCAACCAUUGUGGUGCCAUGGCAAUGGAGGAGGGAUACAAGUGGAGUGAUCAGGAUUGUCUGUCCAAACUCUACUUUAUUUGUGAAGAAUAAUUUACAUACGUUUUCCCAUUUAAUUAACUGUCUUUACCAUUCCUCACGUUUUGAUUGAUAUGUGUUUUUUUAGGUAAUUGCUGAUUGAAAUCACAUUUGCAAAUCUGUUUUUAUGUUUUAACAUUUCAGCAUGCAAUGCAAUGUACAAUACACCUUGUCAUUGGUUUAACUUAUCAAAAAUCUUUGAGUAAAAUUGUGUGAUAUUUCAGAUAUUUAAAAAAUGUACACAAUAAAAUGUAGAUAAUUUUGUCAUGUGAUUAAAAUAUUAUAUUCUCUCGUCUUAACAUGUUUGCCAUUAAGCAAACUUGUUUAUCCUAGGUUUACCCAUAGUCAUCCCUAUUGUAACUAUGGGUUACUGGAAUUAAUACUCUAGAUAGCCUAAAUACAAUUAUAUUUAGUUAAUAGUAUCAUGCAUGUUAAAGAUGACUAAGGAAAUAAAAAUGAUAGUAAAGUAAUAUAUUUUAUAUUAUGGAUAUUGUAGGAAUAAUGGAAAUACUGAGUUUGUUUUUCUAUUGUAUCUCUUCUCCCAAUUUCUGUUCCCAACUUGACAAAAAUAAACAAAACAUAAAAUA